GUUACCAAGCCACAUGUUUUAACAACAAACAAAACAAACCAAUUCACAAGAUCAAACCACACUGUCGUCUCACUAUCCAAACCUCUGCCAUUCCUUCUCAUUCACCAACAAAAUCAUCACACCGCAUAAAUAAAUCCUAAAAAUAUAAAUUAAACAAAAAAUUCUACUACAUUAUACAACCAAACAGGAAACUAAAAUGUUGCUGCUUGAAUCCAGUGCUUCCAGUGUCGAUCUUCCGGAAGAGUUGCUACAACUUCUGCCGUCUGAUCCUUACGAGCAGCUUGACGUGGCCCGCAAAAUCACCUCCGUUGCGCUAUCCACACGUGUCAAUGCGCUCCAAUCAGAGUCUUCCACUCUGCGCGCCGAACUCGCCGAUAGAGAGCGGCUCAUCGCCGAGCUCCAGGUUCAGGUGGACUCCUUCGACGCCGCUCUCUCCGAAGCCGCCGAUAAGCUAGCCAGAGCCGACCAAGACAAGGAGAGUUUGGUGAAGGAGAAUGCUUUUCUUUCCAGUUCCGUGAGAAAGCUCACCAGAGAUGUCUCUAAGUUGGAGAGUUUCAGAAGGACGCUUAUGAAAUCACUUCACGAGGAUGAAGAUACUUCUGGAGGAGCAGCAAACCUUGCCGCUAAGUUGCAGAGUCAAGCAAGUAUCACUUCCUCGUCGCAAUUUGGAGAUGAAGAUGCUUCAACGCCUUCUUCUAGAUCUUCUUCAAUGCGAUUAAACACUUUCGAUACGUCAAAUUACAUUGCUGAUGAUCGUUCAGGAUCUGGAGCAUCCCAUAAUGUGGUGUUAGCAUCGGAAAGUAGCACCCCUCGCAUUACUCCUCCAGGUUCCCCUCCCAGUAAGUCUGCACUGGGAUCCCCGACAAGAACAUCAUCUAAGCCUGUCUCUCCAAGGCGCCAUGCAAUGUCCUUUUCAACCUCAAGAGGAAUGUUUGAUGAUAGGUCUUCCUCACAAACUGGUGAUGACUCCCUCAAAUCCAUGCCUUUCUUCCAUUUCUUCUACAUUAAUGCUUCAUUCACUACUUUUUUUUUCAUUCUUUCAGGUCGAACACGAGUAGAUGGAAAAGAGUUUUUUCGCCAAGUUAGGAGUCGCUUAUCCUAUGAGCAGUUUGGUGCAUUUUUAGCAAAUGUGAAGGAACUGAAUUCUCAUAAACAAACCAAAGAGGAAACACUGCAGAAUGCUAAUGAGAUAUUUGGGGCUGAAAACAAAGACCUUUAUACUAUAUUUGAGGGAUUGAUAACGCGCAAAGUCCAUUAGCUCUGCCUUCACUUAACUUUAUUCGUUUCAACUUUGUAACAUCUCAUGGUAUUUCAUCUACUUUAGCAACUUGUUCCCACAAUAUAUUUCACAGCUUGUUGCUUGAUAAAGUUCUCUUUAAAUUCUACAAGUUUUUUUU